CGAGCACGCCAAGUGGCGGCGACAAAAUUCUUGCAGGCAUGCAUGGCCAUUGCUGGCAUUGGCAUUGUUGGCUAUAGGCUUAGGACUAGGUCCGAUAGGGAAGUUUAACCGUACUGUACUGUAGGUAGCUGUGCCUACCUGCUAUCGGUGGUCCUGCCAACACUCAGUGGAACAGAAGGCCGCACUCAAAUACUCAUGCCACAUUGCAAGCCGACCAGUGUAUUGGGAUUUGAAACCACCACCACUACUUUAAACUUCAGUCUGACGGCAGUCAGAAGCCUUCAAGUGUCUCUUCCACAUGGUCACAUCAUUUACAAUCAAUCUGCUCAAAAGCAGAGCUGCCGUUGCAACUGCCAGCGGCUACCAGAUUGCCGUUAGCCUUCCCAGUUGUUCCUUGCGAGAGGUUUCUACUUUCUUUCCUUUGCCAAAUCAUAUUUCAAGUCGGUUUCUAGUGCAAGCCCGUGCAAUGUCGCAGCAGUCGCAGCCAGAGCUCCAAGAGGGCGAGAAAGUGGCCUGGAAGUUUGGCGCCGGCAAAGCAGUGGGCCACGUGGACCACAAGCUGACGGAACCGACCAAGGUCGGUAGCAGGACAUACAAAGCCUCUGAGGAGAAUCCCAAGUACCUGGUCCAGUCCGAUAAGAGCGGGGGCAAGGCAGCCCACAAUCCAGACAAGCUCGAGAAGCUGGAAGACUAGAAGAAUGAAUCUCCUCGGAAGCUAUAGUUGUACAUAUGUUGCUGAGUGUCAUUGUCGACGUCUGAGUAUAACGUGUCGACAAUAAGGACCGCUGAUUGUAUCAUGGAACCAACAUCAGCUUAUUCAAGUGGAAGUUGGAAAAGUAAACCAUUUUUUGAAAGUGUAAAGACAAGCAUUGGGGUACAGCUGUUGGGUAAUUGUUUUACUGGGUUUUGAGAUUGAAGAAACUGAUUCAAUGUUGUUUCGAAGGAAUGUUGCCUGCCACUCAAUCGACUUCAAGAGAGUAGCUUAGAACAUGCCGCGGUGGCAUGCCUAUCGCCGUGC